AUGGUGGCCUGGGAAAAGCAAAUUGAAGAGCGCAGCGUCCCUGAGUGGCGCGACAAGUACGUGGCCUACGGCAGGCUCAAGAGAAAGUUGGAGUACAUUUCUCAGCCAGCUGCUGCGGGCAAUGAUUCCAUCACCCACGCUAUUACCAGAGCAGCCAUCGACGAGGGCGAGUGGUAUCGCAGAAUCAGCAACGAUGCUGAAGGUCCACUCUUGGACCAGGCCCUUGGAACUGAAGACUGUCCGGAAGCAGCGCUUCUGCCGGCACCUCCUUUUCCCACGGUGUUCGAGCUGCCUUACGCUUUUGCCAAAGACAUCAACUUUAUGGAUGCCUGGGUGCUGAAAGAAAACAGUGCCUGCAGUGGCGAGCCAACGUGUGAAGUUUCCGUCGCCCCGCACUUUGACAGUCAGAAUCCGUACAACUCCACGGUUCGGAUUACUAUCAGAGCCAGAUGUCUUCGACUGCAUCCUCGGCAGCUUUUUGUUUGCCCCAAGACCGCCGCUGGCUGCAUCGCUGCUGUGCGAUUUCCUAGAGAGCCUUGGCGGUUGCGGCACUUGGCUUCUUUCUGCAUCUCUCCCACCAGGAUGCAGCGCAUGGACUCGAUGGAUAAUAUUCUUCAGGAUGUGGUGCUGGAAGGUUUGUUCUUGCUGAACUUGCUGGUUACCCUCAGUGUUUUAUUUUGGCUCGUGCGAGAGAUGCUUCUCCUGUACAUGAGACCUGAUUAUGGCCACAUGGAGACAAAAGUUGAUGCUCACUUGGUCAUCCCGUCGACUAUGGACAUCAUGCUGGAGGGCAUGCUGGAUGCAAUCUGCUUUGUCAUAGGCUGCAUGCUGUUGCUACUUGCAGCAUCCACAUUCCUGCUGAAGUUUGGUAAACGCAACAAUCCUACCGACGUGUUGCUCUUGAGCUAUCCUUUGCUCUUCGGCCCGGCUGCUCUUGCACGCGUGUUUCUGUGUAACUGCCGCCGGCUGCUGUACCACAAUCUUUUCCAGCACGGGGUGAUGAUCGAUUUCAGCGCAGGCGCCUCGGGCCAGGACCCCUUGCUGCAGUACACCUACGUCGGCUUCAGUCUCGCUGUGGUGGUGCUCAUCAUCGAUUCUGUGCAUUGUGUCCUGGAUGGACUGUCGACUUGGAAGGGGAUGAUCAUCAACGUAGUGGUGUUCACCUCGCCGCUUUACUACAUGUUAUCCUCUGUCCUUAACUCCCUCCGACUGGAGAAGGAGGCCAUCAAUCGCAUGUGCCUUCAACAGCUGGAGAAGGGUACUGAAGCUGGCUGUGUUGUGCCAUCCUCCGAACAUAAGCUCCUCCCCAUCUCAGAAGGUAGCUUCUGUCGGGCUGCACGAUCCAGGGAAGACUUGCAAGUCUGCAUACAAGUGGCCAAGAAGCAGCCCAACGACGACGCACAAUUCGGGCUGAGAGAUAUGACCUGGGUACCGCGCCUAGUGGCAGGCAGGUGCAAAUCCACCGCUUUCCUAUUAGUAGUGUCCAUGCCAGUCCUGGCUUUGUUAGCCAUGACUUUGGGACUUGCAAGCUUAGCUUGGCUCAUCAAGCACCGCACUGACGUGCCAGAGAUCACAACCAUGAAGGCAGAUGUUCCUGGAUUGACCCCAGCCUUCAACUAUGAGGUCAUGGAAUACGUAAUUGCUGUGCCAGCAUCACAUGGCGCUGUCUCAUUUACUAUCUCAGCGGACGUAGAUCGCACGGCUGUGAUCAAUGCUUCAGCUUUAGAUGGGAAUGUUAGGCUGGACGACAUUGGGGAAUCAACAUCCUCAAUGCUAUCGCACCACAUGCCUUUGCUGCGCAAAAACACAAGCUAUCCAACCGUCAUUGAGCUUACGGCCGCCACAUUCAGCCAGGCUCGGUCAUAUCGAGUCACUGCCGUUGAGCUCCGCUCUUCGCCGAGAAGCUGGAUGAUUGCUGGGGAGACGGAGGAUGGGCAGACCUAUACACGAUGCAUUACGUGGAAGAAUCAUCCUUCCCAUGUGAUAGCGAUUCCAGCGACUUUGAAAUCACUGCGAAUUGAAGCCAGGUUUGAUGAAUCCUGGUUUGGCAUCCCAACCAAAGAUCGGCCACGCGAUAAAUUUAUCACCUCUUUCUACGGUCUGUCGCACCCAUUAGUGCGAAAGUUCAGCUGCGAGGGUACGUGCCGACGUGACCCUGGCUGCUAUGAGUUCAAAACCACACGGGAAGGAUGCUAUUUUCAGAUGGGGCCUGCGUCUCCGAGAGACAUGUCCUGUGCGGAUCUUCAUUCGCUGCAAAAGUUUCGCAAGGGUGAUCUGGAGCUGUCCGCCAGAAUUUGCAAUGUUCUUGACAGCAGGGCAUGCCUGCAAGUCAAUUCAUCUUCUGGCCUCAUCUCUGCAGACAUCUCGAAAUUCAUGCUGAGAGAGAAGGGGAUAGCUGUGACAUUUGAAGCCCUUCUUUCUUCUGGGCUUUCUGUUUACCCAGAGCAGCCGUACAAGGUGCAAUUUUAUCCAGGCACAGUGCCUGUCAGAGAACUUCUGCUGAGCGGCUUAGGAAAGAUCAAGGAACGAAGGGUCCUGGCAGACGGUACUCAACAGUUCCAGGUUCGAAUGUCCUACUCUCCGAUGGAGUUCAACUACGACUAUAUCCAAUUCUACGUUGCUGCGCUGGUGGACGACCACGACAUCCGAGUCGAAUGGGACAAGCCUUUCGUUCCUGCGAACCUGAGCCGCCAGCACCCCAACUUUGUAAAGUGUCAGAAUUCCCCGCAGUCGGCUCCCUAUGUGGCUUGCGGCGGGUACCUGGAUUCCAACCUUGUGGAGGCGAGGAUGAACAAGUGGCUCCCAUUCAAAACGCUCAAAGGACAACUUGUCUCCAAAUCGCACCCGCAUCUUUUCAGGCCCGCGAAAGUGCAGCUAAAUUUCGAGCAGGACAAUGGCAAGGCAAUUUCUCCGAUGCAGGAAAUAGUGAGAAAAAAUUGCUCGGUGCCCAUUUGCAGAGGGUUUCCAGAAGUCUAUGAUUGCCUGGAAAAGACAGCCGAAGAAAAGUGCAUGAAAGACUACUGCAAGGAUCGCUGCCUCGAUCUUGCCAGCACUUCGUGCAGACAGGAACAAGAAAAGUUGGGAGCGCACUGGCCGUACUUGGGGGCUGUUAGUAGCACCAUGUAUGAUGAGUUUGGUCCUCGCGGCUACUUUCGAGAACAGAGGUUCUGGUUCUGGUUGAAUGUGACGGUUCAGGAGGAGUACAGAGCGAUUUUUAACGAUGAUGUGUUGGCCGACAUAGCCGAGCAUUGCUCCAUGCGCAGUGGUCUUCUGAGCUUGGUCAGGGCAAGGGUCAUGGGUCGCCCGGUUCUGAAGAUCGUGGAGCGCUUGCUGGAGGCCUUGGUGAGGAAUCCAAAUCUGUCCAUGGAUGGCCGCUUCAAAGAGCUCCCUGCCUUGCGAGCAAUUCUUGAUGACCAGAUUCAGGACUUCGUCUCAAACUUCCGCCUGCCCGUCGUGGUGUUGCACAAGCCAGGGCUCCGGCCGCUCACCAUGACUGUUUGCUUGUCCACAGAUCCAUCAAAAGUCAGCUUCGUAAAUCCCGACAUGUAUGCCACAGUGAUCGACAGAUUGGCAGUGGCCGUCGAACUCAAUGAUACCUGGGAGGCUGCUUCGUUGACGACCGCCAUCCACGAUCUGUCCCGUUGUGUCAGAACGAAGAGGAGCCGAUUCCAGCGCUUUGAGGCAAGCAGUUGCAGAAGUAGUGAUUCAAGACGCGCCAAUGAGGACCAGACCAAGCCAUCCCUCUUCAACGUGGCGCCAAGUGAUGAUGUCUUCGAGGACAUGUUUGAGGUUUGUCACUAUGACGGCGUACUGGAAGAAGGUAACUCAACUAUUCUGCACGUAGCUGCUGCCAAGAACUUCUCCAAGUCAUUUCAGAAGGUCAUGCAGGAGCUGAAGGGUUUCCAGAGAAAGAAGAAAAGCAUGCUUCGACAGAAUCUAGAUGUCAAUCUGGACAGCUGGGGCACCCGCACAUUCAACGACGUGAGACUCCAUUUUUGGGACCUAACGCCCCUUCAUGCUGCAUGCAGUUCCGGCUGUGUGACGUGCGUGAAGUCCCUACUGGCUGCCAAAGCAGAUCCGAACCGAACGCAGUGCAUCCAAUCCCUUCCUCCCUGGUAUGGAGAUUCUUUUCACCCAUGGAUGUUUGAUGAGGGCGAAGAUCUCGAAGAGGCAAAGUAUGCAGCACUCGAGGAUAUUUACCCGUUGCACUUGGCAGCCAAGAAUCGCUGUGAUGGGUGCUUGCAAGAGAUUUUACGCUCAAGAGUUGCUGUGGAUGCUGAGAUGCUUAUGGGGAUGUCAGUAGCUGCUCUCGGUGCACCUCUCGAUUUGCAUUCACUUCAACAAUCCGAGUUGACAUGCCGUUUCCGAGCAUUGGAUCUGGCAGUUCUGUUCAACUGCAGCAGAUGUGUCGACAUCUUGCUGCACGCCGGGGCAAACGACUCGCAUGUCGUGCUCAGUGAGACGGGAGGCAAAGAUGAGUUUCCUUUGUUGGAAAUGCUGCCCAAAGCGAAGGUGCAACGAUGCUCGAUGUUGAAGAUGCAGGCCAAACUCGACCUCUCGCCCGGCUCCUUGCUGCGGCAUACCUGA